AGCAGUUGAAAGUGGCAAUGGCUCUAUCUUUACGGUUACACUACUAUUUCUUUUACCUCUCAAGCCUCGCAAAACGUCCCCAACUUUUUGUGCCUCUAAUUGGAAUUUCCACUGCCACUAGAAAUGUUUUUUACCCCCUCUCUCAUGCAUUUCAUCAAACACUUUCAUUACCCUCUCACUCUCACUGUCUCUCUCGUUAUGAUCAUGCGCCUUUCAACUUCGACUUCGAUUUGGAUGACCCAGAUCUACCGCAAUUCCUCCAAUUCCUCAAAAAGCUUCAUCAUUCGUCACCGCAAGAAGAGGUUCUCCCAUCAUCAGGUUUCCAAGCAAAUAGAGAUUUGGUAUGUUCCGCUAUUUGGGCCUUGAGGGAAGAAUGGAAACCUGCAUUCCUUGCCUUCAAAUGGAAUUGCCAUCAUAACGAUGAGAAAGUUUGCAACUUGAUGAUAUGGGUCUUGGCAACUCAUGCAAAGUUUUCCACUGCCUGGUGCAUCAUUCGAGAUAUGCAUCGUUCCUCUCUCUCCACCCGUCAGGCUAUGCUCAUUAUGAUCGAUAGAUAUGCAUCUGCAAACAACCCGGCUAAGGCUAUUCAAACAUUCAACUUUAUGGAUAAGUUCAGAUUGAGUCCUGAUCAGGAAGCAUUUCAUGCACUUUUGACUGCUCUUUGUAAAUAUGGGAACGUUGAAGAGGCUGAAGAGUUCAUGCUAGUGAAUAAGAAGCUCUUCCCACUCGAGACUGAGAGCUUUAAUAUUAUUCUUAAUGGAUGGUGUAACAUAACAAAGGAUGUGUAUGAAGCAAAAAGAGUUUGGAGAGAAAUGUCAAAAUACUGUAUAACACCUGAUACUACUUCAUAUAGCCACAUGAUUUCCUGCUUUUCAAAGGAAGGUAAUCUUUUUGACUCUCUCCGGCUCUAUGAUCAGAUGAAGAAAAGGGGAUGGAUCCCUGGGAUAGAGAUUUACAAUUCUUUGGUAUAUGUUUUAACUCAUGAAAAUUGCUUGAAGGAAGCUCUCAAGAUUAUAGAUAAGUUGAAAGAGGAAGGUUUGCAGCCAGAUUCUACCACCUUCAACUCCAUGAUACUCCCUCUUUGUGAAGCUGGAAAACUAACUGGGGCAAGGAUAAUAUUACACACAAUGGUAGAGGAGAAUAUUAGUCCAACCAUUGAGACCUACCAUGCAUUUUUGGAGGGAGCAGAUUAUCAAGGAACAUUGGAAUUUCUGAGUAAGAUGAAAGGUUCUGGUUUGGGUCCAAAUAAGGAUUCCUUUCUAAUAAUUCUGGCAAAAUUCUUGAAGUUAAAGCAACCUGUAAAUGCACUGAAAAUUUGGACAGAUAUGAAGGCAUAUGAUGUGGUGCCCAGUUGUAUGCAUUACAGUAUAAUGGUUGAAGGGCUCGUAACAUGUAGGUGGUUCGUAAAGGCCAGGGAUUUUUAUGAUGAGAUGAUUUCAAAUGGAUGUUCAGCAGAUCCAAAGCUUAAUAAGCUCUUUCAGAAAGAAAUACUUGGUAGUGGUUCGUAA